CAAAUCUUUGUCAGAAUCAAACAUGGCACAACUUUAGGAGCACCCAUGAAGGUCACUAACACCCCACCAGUUAGACUUAACUUUACAACGAACUGCAGCAACAUUCUUUAAUGUCCAACAGCAAAAACAAGAGUGCUCCAGGAAAAGCAAAAUAGAAGGAAAGAGAGCGAGCGUUUGAGAGAAGUGGCUGUGUACUGCAGUGCUUGAAAACACUAGCUUUUAGCUCUAAGGACUUUACUCUCUUUUCCUCUCUUUCUUUCUCUCUCUAGGGGUUGAAGAGUAGUAGCAGCCACACACAUCCAUCCUCUUUAAAAAAAAAAAAAAACCCCAAAAAAUGGAUUGAUAAUUCGAAUCUCCAUCGAAUUAGCUCACUUUGUUACUCCAUAUCCCUUGGAAUCAAUCAGGGUUUGGUGAUUUUGGGUGGUUUAGUGUUUACGAUCUCUGGGUCGGCGGUUGUCUUUCUGUGAAUUUGAAGCUUGUAAAAUCACUGGCGAUAGCGGCUACUUCUUUAAUUGGGGGAUUGAUCUCUGCUGAUAUCUUUCUCUAUCAGGUUUUAUGCCAUGGAUGAUACACACUCAGUUGCAACACUUAUAGACUCGACAACCUCUAAGAUACAGCAGCUUCAGAAAGCAUUUGCUGAACUUGAAAGUCAUCGUGCUAUAACACUUAAUCUAAAAUGGAAAGAACUUGAGGAACAUUUCCAUGGGCUUGAGAAGUCCUUGAAGAGACGCUUCCAUGAGUUGGAAGACCAAGAAAAGGAGUUUGAGAAAAAAACAAGGAAAGCUCGAGAAAUGUUGCAGAAGCGUGAAGCAGCUGUUGUAGCCAAAGAACAAGAUUCAUUGGUGAGGUUACAAGAAAAGAGAGAUGCUGCUGUUUUUGCCAUUACUAAUGCUCUAGAGAAGCAUAGGAAAUUAUCAUCUGAGGAGCCUGCUGAUGUCAGCUGUGAUGGAGACAGCGGUGAACUCUCAGUUGAGGAGAAACCACCUGAUUCUGUAGCUUCUGAAAGUAACUUGGAGGACAUCAAAAGUUCUUUUGAGAAUGGGAAUUUCGAGGUGAAAUCUUAUCCCCAAUUGGUAAAACUAUGUGAAGAGAUGGACUCUGAAGGACUGCACAAGUUUAUAUCAGAUAAUCGUAAGAACCUUGCUGCCCUAAAGGAGGAAAUUCCUUGGGCAUUGAAAGCUUCAGCAAGCCCAGCCUGCAUGAUCCUGGAAUCUUUGGAAGGAUUUUACCCUUCAGAAGUGCCAAGUGUGGAUGGAAAGAAAGAUUCAAAUCUACUGGGUCUUAGGCGAACAUGUAUCAUGUUGAUGGAAUGUCUUAGCUUUUUGCUAAGUAAUCUGGAUAUGGCUUCUGCUUCUGCUGUAAUCUCUGAAGACAUUAAGGAGCAAGCAAAGUUAAUUGCUGCGGAAUGGAAACCAAAGUUGGAUGCUCUUGACGAUGCUAGUAAUGGUAACUCAUUGGAAGCUCAUGCUUUCCUGCAACUUCUCGCCACUUUUGGUAUUGCAUCUGACUUCAAUGAAGAAGAACUUUCAAGGCUGAUACCAAUGGUCUCUCGUCGUCGACAAACAGCUGAUCUCACCCGUUCCCUUGGUUUGUCUGAAAAAAUGUCAGGUGUAAUUGAACUUCUGGUGAAUAAUGGAAGGCAGAUUGAUGCCGUUAACCUGGCUUUUGCUUUUGAGCUUACAGAGCAGUUCUCACCUGUACCUUUACUGAAAUCGUACUUGAAGGAGGCAAAAAAAGCUUCUUCACCUGUCAGACUGGGAAAUGCCUCUCUCACUGCUCAGACUGAGGUUAAUGAGCGAGAGUUGACUGCUCUUAAGGCUGUGAUCAAGUGCAUUGAGGAGCAUAAUCUUGAGGUGCAAUACCCUGUUGAUCCACUUCAGAAGCGGGUUUUUCUGUUAGAGAAGGCUAAGGCAGACAAGAGGAGGGAAACUGAAGCCACAAAGCCUCAACCCAAGAGACCUCGCGCUAAUGGUGCAGGAUAUGGUCCACGAGUCACUAACGUAGCUGCUGACAAAACAUUCUAUCCGAGAGUCACCGAUAGGUACCUGCAGUACGUGUAUGACAGACCCUAUGUUUACCCUGGACCUGCUGACAACCAUGGCCCCUCUCUUCUUGGUUCUGCCACCUACAACUUCUCUCCCAGUCAUGGGAACUACUUCGGAAACGGCUAUCAGUAUCAGGCUCCGUAUCUUCACUAAUUUCCAAACAUGGUAAAAAGGUGACUGUGAUCCUCUCACUUUAGCUGUUAGCCUUAACCUUCCACAUUGCAGUGUAUGAAUGAGUUUAGCAUUAAAAAAACCAAAAAAAAAAGUGUCUUGUUAAUUUUAAUCUGGUGUACAAGAAGAUAAUUUGAUCCUCUAAUAUAUGCACUCUGUUUUUGUAUGUAUGUCCUCUGUUUUAUUCUUU